UUAGGCUCCGCCCCGCGACAUGUGACGCUGUUACUGGGCAGACGUUUGUGAGGGAGGUUAGAAAGGAAAAAAAAAAAAAAAAAAAUCAAAACAAAAACAGAGUUGGGGAGAAGAAGGAGAAGCUGCGGCGGAGCGAGGGGAUCUAUCGUUAUUGAAAUUAGUAACAAUGGAGGUAGAGCUCCCAAGUGAAAUAAAUGCUAAUCUAGUAGAUAAUGAUUCACUAUUUUACGGGGAAGCAGAUUUCAGCGGAUUAGAGAACAUUAAGAAUGAACUGAAUGGAAAUGGGCAGGUAUCUACAAUAAAUGAGGCCAGACUGAAUGCCAAAGCCAAGAGAAGACUGCGCAAAACCUCCUCAAGGGACUCAGGAAGAGGAGACUCAGUUAGUGACAAUGGGGAAAAUGGUCGAGGAUUACAACCUACUAGUCCAAAAACAAAGCUUAUGGAUAGAAAAUCCAGGAUGGGGAAAGGACGUGGCCUUCCAAAGAAAGGUGGAGCUGGUGGUAAGGGAGUGUGGGGAGCUCCUUGUCAAAUUUACCAUGAAGAAGCUGUUGAUGUCAAGGACCCGAAUUACGAUGAAGAUCAUGAGAACUGUGUUUACGAGACAACGGUCCUUCCUCUGGAUGAAAAGUCAUUUGAAAAGUCUGUCACACCAAUUGUGCAGGAGUAUUUUCAACAUGGGGACACCAAUGAAGUUGCAGAAAUGUUGAAGGAAUUGAAUCUUGGCGACAUGAAGUGUGGUCUUCCCAUGCUGGCUGUAUCCAUUGCACUAGAAGGUAAAGCCAGUCACCGGGAGAUGACAUCAAAGCUGCUGCAUGACUUGUGUGGAACCGUGCUGAGUACACAAGAUGUGGAAACUUCUUUUGACAAAUUGUUGGAGGAGCUGCCCGAACUUGUUUUGGACACACCCAGGGCACCACAGCUAGUGGGUCAAUUUAUUGCCAGAGCAGUUGGAGAUGGGAUCCUGAACAAGACUUACAUAGAGGCCUAUAAAGGCACCGUGGACUGCGAACAUUCUCGCGAAGCCUUAAAUCGGGCAGCAGUUCUCCUGAGCAUGACUAGAGUUGGAAAGAAAAUUGACAGUGUCUGGGGCUUAGGAGGCGGCCAGCAGCCAGUAAAAAAACUGGUGAAAGAGAUUGAUAUGCUGCUAAAAGAGUAUGUGUUAUCUGGGGAUGUAUCAGAAGCUGAACGCUGUCUUCAGGAGCUGGAAGUACCUCAUUUUCACCAUGAGCUUGUGUAUGAGGCAAUACUGAUGGUUCUUGAAGCAAGUGGGGAUACCACAUACAAGAUGAUGCUGAAUUUGUUAGAAUCCCUGUGGAAAUCAGCUGUCAUUACUUUGGAUCAAAUGAAAAGGGGCUACGAUAGAAUUUACCUUGAAAUUCCAGAUAUUAAUUUGGAUGUCCCGCAUGCAUACUCUGUUCUGGAGCGCUUUGUGGACGACUGCUUUAAAGCUGGAAUCAUCUCAAAACAAAUACGGGAUCAAUGUCCAUCAAGGGGAAGAAAACGAUUUGUCAGUGAAGGAGACGGCGGUCGUCUGAAGUUUGAGAGCUAUUAGAGGGAAAGACAUCAAGAAGCAUCGUGACCGGGCACAGUUAAUGUUUUCUAAAUCUCUAUAUACAAUGUUAUGGAUACAGAGCCUUUCUAUAAUAGUUUUCUAAAUAAAACUGUUUUAGAAGUUCAUUGAUUGGGGUAGGUAGCUGUACAGAGACAAGUGGUGAAAGGCAUAAGCUACACUGUAUACUUAUGGAAGUGCCAUUGUAUCCAAUCCCUCUGUUGUGUAAUCACAUGUAACAGCCGCUCACCCCCCCCCCCCCCCCCAAUACUGUCAGUGUUUAAUGGUAAAUCACUUUGAAGACUUGUUAGCGCAGGGGCCCGGGGCCCUGUCAUCCUCUGUUGGCUGCUGCUCUUUAUAAACCUUUUUGCUUUGGUAGUUGAAAGGGAGAAGUGACUCGUUGAAUAAUUUAUCCACUUGUGCCAGAGGUGCAGGGUUUGGCUUUAUUUUUGUUAAGCAAACAGAUUUAGUUAUAUGGGAGUGGGUUGGUUUUUAUUCACCUUUCCAAUGGAAGAGAAACAUUUUGACAUGAAAACGUACAGUACAUGGUGGCUGGAACAUCUAUUUUUCUACAAAAAAAAGUAAAAAAAAAAUCUGGAAAUACAAGGCUAAGUUCUGCUAGAACGCGUGUGUGUAUAUAUAAGUGCAAAACUAAAUAAAUAUGUUUAGUGACGCAGAAAAGUG